GUCGCUGUAGAGACAGUGUACUGUAGAGCACUAGUGAUGGCGCCUAAGGUGCUGCUGAUACUGAUGGUCUGGCUGACGUUGACCUCCACAGUCAGACCCUUCAAGGUCCUGCCAAAUUGUUUUGUGAAAAAGGAAAUAAAGGAAGAGUUGGUUAAGGGAACUAUAGAAUUUGACAGUUUCUUCUCCAAGCAAAUUUCUCUGUUAAUAUCUGAGACACAAAGGAAAAAAAUAAUGGUGAGAGUGAACGUAACAGCCGAGUGGGUGAAUGUGACAGAGCAGGGCCAGGUCUGUAGCCACAUGUUGGCUGCCCCUCAAACUGGAUGGACGCGACUCAAGCUUACUGUAGGAGACAGGAUGGAUCUAUUUGAUGCAAACGGGACCCAGCUACUGCCUUGCCGCAACUACACCUACCCUUCCUCGGAGCAACGCAAGGCCAUCAGUAUCUCCGGGGACGCCUUCACCCACAAAUGCUUGGAGAGAACACCCAUGUGGAAACUAUUGCCAGGCCAGACGUCUCGUCUCUACGUUGCGGCAGGUGGAAGAACUUGGACUGACCAUUUCAUCCUACAGGCGGAAGAGGACACAAAGGUGUUGAUUGAGGUGCAGGAGUCACCCCCAAACACUUCCCUCGACCUUUCCGGGGAGACACAACUUUCACUUCAGUUUAAACGACCUUCGUGGUACCGUUUACACCACAAAUCCCGACCGUCUGCACCAUGGAUCAACGCCACACAGGUGUUUAGCGAUGUAGUGCGGCUCACCUUCAAGAUGAACAACGGCAGUGUUAUUCUUACCCACCAACUUGACUAUGACAAGAAGGAGGACGAGAACGAGGAGGACGACGAGGACGACGAGGACGAGGAAGAUGACGAGGAUGAAGCGGCCAAAAAUGACGAUAAUGAUCCUUCAGCGGGUGGGAGUAAGGGGUCGCAGUUGCCGAGAGGAGUGUUGGCCUCUGUCGUCGUCACCACCGUCAGUGUCAUCGCCAUUACUGUCAUCAUGGCGCUCACGUACUGGAAACGGACCACCAAGAACACGCACGGAACGUCACCCUCUGCUGCUACGGGCUAUGCUAACCCCUACUAUGAGAGCCUCUGCCGCCCACCUACACCUUCAUCAUAUGAACCACUGCCCCAUGCUACUGGUUCUAAAUCACCAGUACCACUGCCCCAUUCUACUGGUUCCAAACUAGCACCACCUACACCUUCAGAUGAACCAUUGCCCCAUGCUACUGAUUCUAAACAACUAGCACCACUGCCCCAUUCUAUUGGUUCUAGACCACCAGCACCACUGCCCCAUUCUACUGGUUCCAAACUAGCACCACCUACACCUUCAGAUGAACCUUUGCCCCAUGCUACUGAUUCUAAACAACUAGCACCACUGCCCCAUUCUAUUGGUUCUAGACCACCAGUACCACUGCCCCAUUCUACUGGUUCCAAACUAGCACCACCUACACCUUCAUAUGAACCUUUGCCCCAUGCUACUGAUUCUAAACAACUCGCACCACUGCCCCAUUCUAUUGGUUCUAGACCACCAGCACCACUGCCCCAUUCCACUGGUUCCAAACUAGCACCACCUACACCUUCAUAUGAACCAUUGCCCCAUGCUACUGAUUCUAAACAACUAGCACCACUGCCCCAUUCUAUUGGUUCUAGACCACCAGCACCACUGCCCCAUUCUACUGGUUCCAAACUAGCACCACCUACACCUUCAUAUGAACCAUUGCCCCAUGCUACUGAUUCUAAACAACUAGCACCACUGCCCCAUUCUAUUGGUUCUAGACCACCAGCACCACUGCCCCAUUCUACUGGUUCCAAACUAGCACCUACACCUUCAUAUGAACCACCAUUGCCCCACUGCCCCGCUACUGGUUCUAAACAACUAGCACCACUGCCCCAUUCUACUGGUUCUAAACCACCAGCACCACUGUCCCAUUCUACUGGUUCUAAACCACCAACACCACUGCCCUUUUCUACUGGUUCUAAACCACCAACACCACUGCCCCAUUCUACUGGUUCUAAGCCACCAGCACAACUGCCCCAUGAGACUGGUUCUAAACAACUAGCACCACUGCCCCAUUCUACUGGUUCUAAGCAACUAGCACCACUGCCCUUUUCCACUGGUUCUAAACCACCAUCACCACUGCCUCACUAUACUAACAAUACUCACUUCCCUGCCGCUUCACCAGGGGAAACACACCUGCCUUACUUCACUGACGCUCCACCAGGGGAAACACACCUGCCUUACUUCACUGACGCUCCACCAGUGAGAACACAUCAGCCUUACUUCCCUGCCGCUUCACCAGAGGGAACACACCUUCCCUCAGGAGCUCCAUCGGGAACAGCACCGCCUCUCACACCUCACCCUGUAUCAAGUAACCUGUCUCACUGUCAUGAACCAAUCCCAGAAAAUUCAAUGUCCUAUUCCAAUGGAUCGCUACCAGAAGAAACACAGCCCCACUCCACAGGUACUCGAGGAGAAAUAUUCCCCCAAUUUAUAAGAAGUGACCCGACAAAGUAUCUCUACAAAGCCAAGCACUAUGGAACUGGUACUAAGGUUGGCACGGUACCAGGGAUGAACAUUCAUACUGUACUGGAGGAGCCGAGUUGA